GUCAGUGGAGGUCACAUGUUUCCUGUCUAGAGUGGAGCUCCAGUCUGCAGCUAGACUACUUUGUAUCUUUUUAUUACUUGUGGAAAUGCCGCACCGGAGCGGUAUCUGAUGAUCAAGAGGUUUCUCAUUCUUUCCUGAGCAUGCGUCUAAAGCUUAGAAACAUCUUUGUGGUGUAUUUUGUUGUUUCGAUUGCAGGCCUCCUGUAUGCGCUACUGCAGCUUGGGCAGCCAUGUGACUGCACUCACUUGCAUCCUGGUAAUGAGGACUUUGUAAGGAACCAACGAUCUCCUAUUGUAAAAAAACGCAGUGACCUUCGAGAGGUUGAAGAGCUCCCUGUCAUAUAUGUGGUGACGCCUACCCAUGCACGCCCCCAUCAGCGUGCUGAGCUCACCCGCCUCUCGCAGACUCUGCUACUGGUCCCAGCACUGCACUGGAUCCUUGUAGAGGAUUCUGCACAACGUUCUAACCUUGUGUCAAACCUUCUGGCGCAGAGUGGUUUGCGGUACACUCACCUGCACGCUCUAACACCACAACCUAUGAAACUCAAAGAAAGUGACCCAAACUGGUUAAAGCCAAGGGGCGUAGAACAGAGAAAUGAGGCAUUGCGUUGGCUUCGGGAGACUCGGCCGCAAGGAAGACGCGCAGUUGUGUACUUUGCAGAUGACGAUAAUACAUAUAGUGUCCGUCUCUUCCAAGAAGUAUGGGUCUGGCACACACGUACUGAGAAACCGAAGCUGAAGCAGGAGGAUGCCUUAGAAAAGCAGGGAAGGGGCUCAAACCCUAAUAUAGAGGUGUGACCUAAUGCAGAGGUCAGACACUGAUGUGAUGCUGGGACCCUGCUGCAGCCAUACUGUACGGCUGAAAUACAGAGGUCUGGUCUUACUACAGAGAUCAGACAAUGAUAUACUUAUGUGAUCUCAAUAAUAGUGUUGUACAGGAAUGCACCUAAUACAGAGGUCAGGUAUACUGGUGUGAUGAUAAUGCGUUUAUAUUAAUAUAUACUGAUCUGUCAGCCCCUUGUGUACUUACACGAUCUUAAUACAGAGGUCAGACCCUAGUGUACAAAUCUGAUCCCAAUACAGAGGUCAGGUCCUAGUGUACAGAUCUGAUCCCAAUACAGAGGUCAGGUCCUAGUGUACAGAUCUGAUCCCAAUACAGAAGUCAGGCCCUAGUGUACAUACACAAUCCUAAUACAGAAGUCAGGUCCUAGUGUACAUGCACAAUCCUAAUACAGAGGUCUGGCCCUAGUGUACAUGCACAAUCCUAAUACAGAGGUCAGGUCCUAGUGUUCAUAAUGAUUCUAAUACAGAGGUCAGGCCCUAGUGUUCAUAAUGAUUCUAAUACAGAGGUCAGGUCCUAGUGUUCAUAAUGAUUCUAAUACAGAGGUCAGGCCCUAGUGUUCAUAAUGAUUCUAAUACAGAGGUCAGGCCCUAGUGUUCAUAAUGAUUCUAAUACAGAGGUCAGACCCUAGUGUUCAUACAUGAUCUUAAUACGGAGUUCAGGCCCUAGUGUACAGUUCUGAUUUUGAUAAAAAAAGGUUAGGCCCUGGUGUACAUACAUGAUCUUAAUACAGAGAGUGGGCCCUGGUAUACAUACAUGAUCUUAAUACAGAGAGCAGGCCUGGUGUACAUACAUGAUCUUAAUACAGAGAGCAGGCCCUGGUAUACAUACAUGAUCUUAAUACAGAGAGCAGGCCCUGGUAUACAUACAUGAUCUUAAUACAGAGAGCAGGCCUGGUGUACAUACAUGAUCUUAAUACAGAGAGCAGGCCUGGUGUACAUACAUGAUCUUAAUACAGAGAGCAGGCCUGGUGUACAUACAUGAUCUUAAUACAGAGAGCAGGCCCUGGUAUACAUACAUGAUCUUAAUACAGAGAGUGGGCCCUGGUAUACAUACAUGAUCUUAAUACAGAGAGCAGGCCCUGCUGUACAUACAUGAUCUUAAUACGGAGUUCAGGCCCUAGUGUACAGUUCUGAUUUUGAUAAAAAAAGGUUAGGCCCUGGUAUACAUACAUGAUCUUAAUACAGAGAGUGGGCCCUGGUAUACAUACAUGAUCUUAAUACAGAGAGCAGGCCCUGCUGUACAUACAUGAUCUUAAUACAGAGAGUGGGCCCUAGUGUACAGCUUGAAGCCACAUGUUCAGCUGCGAUCUUUAUAUAGGUGCCAUUUUAUUAGAAGAUGAUGUCCCAUUAGACUAUUUAAAUGAUUUAUCUUAUUGGGUAGAUAGCGGGUGGGUAGGUAAGUAGCGAGGCGGGUGGGUGGUAGCGGGGCGGGUGGGAAGAUGGUACCUCAUUUAGCAGAGUGUGUUAGGAUAUGAGAUGUUUUUUAUGGAGCUUUAAUCAUGUUUUAGCCUUUAAAGGUGUAUUUAUUUAUAUGGACCAUGAGCCAAAUAAAGUAAUUUCUCUGCA